UAACUCCUCGCGUGGCGUGCUUGAGGCUGUCCGCGCUCUCCGCCUUGGUCUCCUCUCCUCUCCUCGCUUUCCAUUCCAUUCAACCAUCUCAAUCAAUCUCAAUCCCAAUCCCAAUCAAUCCCUCUCUCCAUCUGGUGCUCUCUAUCUGAGGAAUCCGAAUCCGAUCAGGGGAGGCGAGGCGCGGCGGUGAUCGGCGAUGACGGACACGACGGAUGACAUCGCGGAGGGGAUAUCAUUCCAGGCGUUCGAGGACGACUGCCGGCUGCUGGGCAGCCUCCUCCACGACGUCCUCCUCCGCGAGCUCGGCCCCCGCUUCAUCCACCUCCUCGAGCGCAUCACCAUCCUCGCCCAGAGCGCCGUCAACAUGCGCUCCGCCGGGGUGGAGGACACCGCCGUCGUCGUCGAGAAGCAGCUCGGCGCCGAGCUGGCCGCCAUGUCGCUCGAGGACUCGCUCUGCCUCGCCCGCGCCUUCUCCCACCACCUCAACCUCAUGACCAUCGCCGACACUUACCACAGGGUUCGUAAAGCACGCAAUUUCGCCGACCUGUCGAAAUCAUGUGAUGAUACAUUUGCCAAAUUGAUUCAAAGUGGUGUUAGCCCGGAAGAACUCUAUGACACUGUAUGCAAGCAGGAGGUUGAAAUUGUUCUGACAGCUCAUCCAACUCAAAUCAAUCGGCGGACUUUGCAGUACAAACACCUUAGAAUAGCUCACCUUUUGGAAUUCAACGAACGUGCUGAUCUUAGCCUCGAGGAUAAAGAAAUUCUAAUUGAAGAUCUGGUAAGAGAAAUCACGGCAAUAUGGCAGACUGAUGAGUUGAGGCGCCAUAAACCUACACCUGUUGACGAAGCUAGAGCUGGCCUUCAUAUUGUUGAGCAAUCGCUCUGGAAAGCAAUACCACACUAUCUUCGCCGUGUUAGCAAUGCUCUAAAGAAGAACACUGGCAAGCCACUUCCGCUCACCUGCACACCAAUCAAAUUCGGUUCAUGGAUGGGUGGUGACCGUGAUGGGAAUCCUAAUGUCACAGCAAAAGUUACUAGGGAUGUUUCCAUUUUGUCCCAAUGGAUGGCAAUUGAUCUGUACAUCCGGGAACUAGACACUCUAAGCUUUGAGCUAUCAAUUAACAGAUGCAGCGAGAAGCUUGCAAACUUAGCAAAUGACAUCCUGCUCAAAGAAUCAGCAUCAGAGGACCAGAAGACCAAUACCUGGAAUCAAACUGGACCCCAGAACAAUCUAAAGCUUCAGCACAGCUUGGCCCUUCCUGCACAGCUUCCUUCUGGUGCUGAUCUUCCAUCAUGUACAGAAUGCAACGAUGGGGAAUCUCAAAUCAGAAUGUCAAAACUUCCAGGGAAUCCAAAGCAUAAGUUGGCUCUAAACAUAACAGAAAAACGUGAAGACAGUCCAUUGCCGUCUCCUAGUCAUCGCCCGAUGGGUCGAACUCCAAGUGGAGGUCAACUAAGGAAGAUGUUCACAGAAUCCCAAAUUGGUCGAUCGAGCUUCCGGAAACUUCUAGAACCAAGCAUAUCAGAGAGACCAGGGAGUACUCCUUAUAGAGUUGUCCUUGGUGAUGUGAAAGAAAAGCUGAUGAACACACGGAGACGACUCGAGCUUCUUCUUGAGGAUCUACCAUGUGAUCGUGAUACUUCAGAAUAUUAUGAUACAUCGGAUAAACUUUUGGAGCCCUUGCUUUUGUGUUAUCAAUCACUGCAAUCAUGUGGAUCUAGUGUGCUUGCGGAUGGCCGGUUAGCAGAUUUGAUUCGACGGGUUGCAACCUUUGGUAUGGUGUUAAUGAAGCUUGAUGUACGGCAGGAAUCAGGCCGGCAUACGGAAACACUUGAUGCCAUCACAUCUUACCUGGAUCUUGGUGUUUAUAGUGAGUGGGAUGAACAAAAGAAACUGGAUUUCUUGACUAGAGAGCUGAAAGGGAAGCGCCCUCUUGUCCCCCCAUACAUACAGGUUACUGCUGAUGUGCAAGAAGUUCUUGAUACAUUCCGUGUUGCUGCAGAGUUAGGAAGCGAUGCACUUGGAGCAUAUGUGAUUUCAAUGGCCUCAAAUGCAAGCGAUGUCCUAGCGGUUGAACUGUUGCAGAAGGACGCAAGACUUACAGUCAGCGGGGACCUAGGAAGGCCAUGUCCUGGUGGAACGUUGAGAGUUGUUCCACUGUUUGAGACGGUGAAUGAUCUGCGAGAAGCCGGCCCAGCGAUCAGAAAGUUACUGUCCAUCGACUGGUACAGAGACCACAUCAUCAAGAACCAUAACGGGCACCAAGAGGUGAUGGUGGGCUACUCUGAUUCCGGCAAGGACGCCGGCCGUUUCACCGCGGCAUGGGAGCUAUACAAGGCUCAGGAAGAUGUGGUGGCCGCGUGCAACGCGUUCGGCAUCAAGGUUACGCUCUUCCAUGGCCGCGGCGGGAGCAUCGGCCGCGGCGGCGGGCCGACCUAUCUCGCCAUUCAGUCGCAGCCACCCGGCUCAGUGAUGGGAACUCUUCGGUCGACGGAGCAAGGGGAGAUGGUGCAGGCCAAGUUCGGGCUGCCGCAGACGUCUGUCCGGCAGCUGGAGAUAUACACGACGGCGGUGCUGCUGGCGACGCUGCGGCCGCCGCAGCCGCCGCGGGACGACAAGUGGCGGGGGGUGAUGGAGGAGAUAUCGCGGGUGAGCUGCGCGCAGUACCGGAGCACGGUGUACGAGAACCCGGAGUUCAUCAAGUACUUCCAGGAGGCGACGCCGCAGGCGGAGCUGGGCUACCUCAACAUCGGCAGCCGCCCCGCGAAGCGCAGGACCACGCCGGGGAUCUCCAACCUUCGCGCCAUCCCCUGGGUGUUCGCGUGGACGCAGACGCGGCUGGUGCUCCCGGCGUGGCUCGGCGUGGGGCGCGGCCUCCAGGACGCCUGCGACAAGGGCCACACCCACGAGCUCCGCGCCAUGUACGAGGAGUGGCCCUUCUUCCAGUCCACGGUGGACCUCAUCGAGAUGGUGGUGGCCAAGGCGGACGCGCCCAUGGCCAAGCACUACGACGACGUGCUGGUGCACGACGCGGGGCGGCGGACGCUCGGGGCGGAGCUCCGGCAGGAGCUGGCGCGGACGGAGAACUGCGUGCUGGCGGUGAGCGGUCACAAGAAGCUGUCCGCCAACAACCGCAGCCUGCGGAAGCUGAUCGACAGCAGGCUCACGUACCUCAACCCCAUGAACAUGCUCCAGGUCGAGGUCCUCCGUCGCCUCCGCCAGGACGACGACAACCGCAAGCUCCGCGACGCGCUGCUCAUCACCAUCAACGGCAUUGCCGCCGGCAUGCGCAACACCGGCUGACUCCUCUUCCCUCCUCUCCUCUGCAAAUUAACUUAUAUUUCUUGCAACUAUAUUUCCGUCUGAACUAAUUACCGGAGUUUUUUUUCUCGUUCAAUUUUCCCUCAAAAUAAGAAAGAAACCUUGCAUGUAGCAUUUUCACAUUGGAUUGGAUAUGUACAUUGCAUGGAGAAUGAAAUAGCAUUAUAGACUA